AUUAAUUGGCAAGGUGACGACGAGUGUCAGCUGGUGAGAGACCCAUUGUCUUGUCCCUGUCGGUCGUUGACCUGGAGGACACCGGAAUCAGCACAAAAUCGUACGGCGGCGUGCUCAGAUGAUUCCCCGGUGAAAUUUGAGAUGUGGGCAGCCGAGAUUUCUUGAUCUUGGCAGUGGCGGCGGCGGAGUAUGCGGCGGCGAGCGGCCGACUUCCGGCGGUCUGGCCGGAGGCGCUGGUCGACGCGGUGGAUCUGGGCGCUUCUUGGGCUGUUCUUCGUCGCUGGGUGUAUACUGUUUGUGGUUCAUCACAAUCACCACGAAGGUCGUGCCGCCCAGCUUGUAAUGGAGAAUAGUGUGAGUAAACGAAGAGAAGCCCACAGUAGUUCAAAAUUCACAGACGAAGUAGUGAGUGCUACAUCAUUUUCUCAGCAGUUGUCCGAGCAAAUUAUACUUGCCAAGGCUUAUGUCGUCAUAGCAAAGGAGCAUAACGACCUUCACUUAGCAUGGGAACUGAGUUCAAAGAUCCGAUCAUCCCAGCUCCUGCUCUCCAAAGCCGCCAUGAGAGGAGAGAUCAUCUCAUUAGCCGAAGCAGAAUCGUUAAUGAAAAGCCUGUCUUCGCUUUUUCUCAAGGCACAAGACUUGCACUAUGAUAUUGCUACCACAAUAGUAACCAUGAAAUCCCACAUGCAAGCUCUCGAGCAACGUGCCAGUUCGUCCACAGUUCAGUCCAUAGUAUCUGGUCGACUUGUGGCCGAAUCAGUCCCCAGAAGUCUCCAUUGCCUCAAUCUGAAACUUAUAGCCGAUUGGCUGAAGGACCCACCAUUGAAGAGAAUCAAGAACGGGAGACAGAGUUCAAAUUCUGCUCGUCUCGUGGACAAUAGUCUUCAUCACUUCUGCUUGUUCUCAGAUAAUGUCCUCGCCGCAUCUGUAGUCGUUAACUCAACGGUUUCUAACUCUAACAGCCCGAAGGAUCUUGUGUUCCAUAUUGUUACUGAUAGUAUAAAUUAUGGAGCAAUGCUGUCUUGGUUCAAUGGCAACAAUUUCAGUGGAUCCACCAUCGAAGUUCGGAAUGUGCGAGAGCUCUCAUGGGUCAACGCUUCUUUCUCUCCUGUAGUUGGUCCUGGAGAUGUCAAAGAUGAACUGCCUAAGCUGCAGGACCCAAAGGAUACUUCGUUGCUCAACCACCUACGGUUUUAUACAGCAGAGAUCUACCCUGAGCUUGAGAAGGUUGUCUUUCUUGAUGACGAUGUUGUUGUUCAGAAGGACCUGAGCCUUCUCUUUUCCUUGGAUCUGCACGGGAAUGUUAACGGGGCUGUGGAAACCUGCUUGGAAUCAUUCCACCGGUACUACAAGUACAUCAACUUCUCGAACCCGGUUGUCAGCUCAAAGAUUGAUCCACAGGCCUGCGGGUGGGCCUUUGGCAUGAACAUCUUCAAUCUGGCUGAGUGGAGGAGGGCCGACAUCACCGCACAAUAUUUGUACUGGCUAGAAUUGAAUUCCGACCGGACAGUGUGGAGAUCGGGGACCCUGCCUGUGGGCCUUCUGGCCUUCUAUGGUCUGACUGAGCCGCUCGAUCGCAGGUGGCAUGUGCUGGGGUUGGGCCAUGAUGUGAACAUCGACGACCGUCUCAUUGAUAGCGCAGCAGUGAUUCACUUCAACGGGAAUCUAAAGCCAUGGCUUGAGAUCGGGAUUAGCAGGUACAAGCCUCUCUGGUGGAGAUAUGUGGAUCACACCCACCCUUACCUCCGGGAAUGCACCGCGAAUUGACUUCAAGAUCUUGAACAGGUAGUAGGAAGAAGAAGUCAGCUUUUUAUGUAGAUUAUGUCUCUUAGAGUCGUUCUCGGUAUAGUUUGUCGAGAGAUUCACAUUGAUUCAUAGACAUUAGACCUCAGAGAUGUAUUUUAAGAUGAAGAGGGCGAUUAAAAAAAAAAAUCAAAUUUUGGAUUGUAAACUAUAAAUUGAUAUCAGAAAUUUUUUGUAUUCUAAUUUCAGUAGCAUUGACACAUUUAAAAAUUUAAUUUCGAAAUAUGUAUUUCUGAAUUUAUGUAUCACUACUAGGAGUUUAUGUUGAUUUAGGAUUUUUGCUU